UAUCAGGCAUCGUGGGGAUGUUAGAUACACUGAAUAAAAUAGAAUUCAAGACCAUUGGAACACUUCAUUUAGUUAGUCACCGGUUGAUGAGUGAUGAAAUCAGUUAUUGAAAAUCUUGGAAUCAACAUUGAAACGUCACGUUCACUCACUCGAUUAAACACAAUGGAAUGUAUCGUUGCAGUCUGGAGGUGGUGGAGGUGAUCUGGACGAGGAUGAUGCGAGGAUUUUCAUUGGUUCUGGGGGGAAGACAUGUUGUUUUAGUCGUCUGGCCACAGGGGGUCGGGGCAGUAUCGGUCGGAGAGAAAUCUUUAUUGUCGAUAUUGUUCACAGUGGACAUAACCUAGAAAUUUUCACAGUGGAAAACAAUCUCGCCAACCGUACAUUACUAUUAAAUUUUUUUCUCAAUACUUCUGGGUCGCCAUACAUCUUAUGUAUUAUUUUUAAUCGUUGAGGACGGGUCAUGGCGUAUGUAAAUGUUGCCGAAUGGAAAACCGAUCAAGUGUGUGAAUGGUUAAAAGGUCUAGACAUCUCAGUUCUCCCCUACGUCCAUAGUUUCACAAAUAACAAAGUAAAUGGACAACAGUUGUUGAGUCUGAGGCCUGAGGAUUUGGAGCAAUUAGGUGUUCUCAAAGUUGGACAUCAGGAAAUUAUCCUUGAAGCUGUUGAGUACUUGAGAAACUUUCACUAUGAACUUGACCGUGAAAAUCUCCAAUUACUUGCCCUACGACUCUCUUGUCAAGCCCACAGUUUACACAAUGAGCUGUCAAGACAGACAGAUUCAAAACCAGUUACAACACAAACUUUAUCUGAUGUCGUUGGUGUUGUGACAUCAGUUAAACCACUCGUGAGAUGGUUGGACAGGCCACCUUUCAGUGGACAGUUAGAGUACACUGAUAAAAAAGCCUUAUUAUUGAAAUUGAGUAUUGAAAUGGCAACGUGUGCACAAAGGGACAGAUUUGCUGAGAAACCAAUUGAGGAAAUAAGAACAACUUGUGGCCAAUUGGCUCAAUUGGCUGAUUAUAUUAUUCAGGAUAUAUCUGAUCCCAUGAUUCUUCAGCCAGCGAGUUUAGAUCUAGCAACGUUGAAAAAAAAACCUGGCGAUGAUCUGGGUUUCUACAUACUUCCAUCCUUUCAUGGAACUCAUCAAAUUGCGGAAAUUAAAUUCAGCUCAGUGGCACAUCAGUGUGGAAAAAUGGAGGAGGGGGAUGAAAUUGUACAGGUUAAUUAUCAGACAGUAGUAGGAUGGGAGAGAAAAAAUGUUCUCGAAUUGUUCAACGAAAGUCCGGCAGAAGUGUUAUUAACACUGAAACGUCGUCCACGGCAUACCAAGGUUUAUGGCCAGAUUUACAUAAAACCGUACAGAUUACCGAGUAAUAAAAAGACACCGUACGCUACGAGGUGGCAACAUAAUCUGCCAUCACCCAGACCUGAGUUAUUAACAAUCCCAGACUUUACAAUUCCACUUCCAAGACAUCCCCCAAAGGAUCCAAAUCCAGUGCCAACGAGUCCAAUCAGUACUGUCAGUAUGCUAGACACAAUCGGCACGGAUAGCAGUGAUUCUGAUUGUGAAGUUGAGCCACCACUCUCAAGUCGUUUAUACGCCUCAAAACCCCGAGCCCUAGUACAACGUCGUGCGACAAUAACUGGUGCAAGUCCAACCACCAAACACGCUGUAGAUAUAGAACAAUUCUGGAAAGAAUUAAAGCAGGAACACAGUACAACAUUUCAGUUACGAGAUAAGGCGGCAUCCUGCGCCCACGGUUUGGAUACAGUACCCACGAAUCUACGACCACAGACUUGCUUGGGAAUUGAACAGUCGAAGCGUAAAAAACGAAUUCAAGAGGAGAAAAAAAUAGAGAACAUCGUAGGAACAAAAAAUACCUCACAUCAGACUAAAAUUGAGAGUGUCAGUGUGAAUAAUUUAUCAAAAAAUAACGGAGAGGAAUCCGCCGUUAAUACGAUAAUUGGAAUAACUAAUAAUAAUUCCCCUGAUUAUGAUAUCGACGCAAAUAAUUCCACCGAAAGUGAUAACUACUGUCACAAUGACGAAGAAAAAUUGAACGAAAGUCACAUUAAUUCUUCGCAAAAUGUGAUAGAAAUAAAUUGUACGGAGGUAAAUGACAGUAAUUUACGACACUCAUUGAAUGAUAAUUCAAAGAAUGUGAAUGGAAUUGACGUAAUUAAGACUGAUAAUAACGUAAGGACGGAUAAUUUAGAUAGUACAACACUGGAGAUGAUUGAGGAUGUUACAAUGGAAGGCCAUGUUGCACAGAAAAUUAAUUUUAUAGAGGAAAGAGUUCGAGAGAGUAAUUCUAGUGGUUUGAGGACGACUUACAAAGUAUCUGAUGUUAAAGAUUCCCAUGAAAAUAGUUCAUGCAAAGACUCAACGAAAGAACAAAUUAGUAAUCAUGAGAUUAUCAUCAGUGAGCCUGAAGAUUCAUCAGUGGGAGACGGGGUAAUAUCGUCAGAUAUCCAAUCGAACUCGAAUUAUUCACCAAAUUAUGGAAGUACCGAGGGAAAAUCUGAAUCAGCGGAUAGUUGUGUGGAUGGACUUGAUAGGAAUAAGACUAAAGUGGAAGAAUCAGAUGCAGAAUCGUUGGUUAAACUUGAUGAGGCUAGUACAUUGUUGCCUGAAAAUACUGAAAUUUUAGAUACCACAGAAGAGAUUCCUGAAACAGUGAAAACUUCAAUAAAAAAUAUUACGUCAGACUCAAAAGAAAAUUUGAACCUCAAGUCACCAGUGCCACCAUCAGUCAUCCUCAAACGUCCCACCCCGACCCCAAAAAAAGAAGGGAAAUGUGAAUCGCCGUUUCGUCAAGCUGCAGAAUCUAAAGAAUGUGUCAAGAGAUCUGAAACAAAUGUUCGUUCGACACCACCCGAGCCCCCACCUCGCAGAUAUUUCCCGAAACAACCGCCGCUGAAUGUCGAUGUCAAGGUCAUUCCCCCUGAGCCACCAGAAAGACCAAAGAUUGAUCUAAACCGUUCGAAUUCAAAGAGAGAAAGUCAUCGUGUUGAUAAUCGCUUAAGUUCUGAAUUAAUUGGUUCGUCAAAUCAACGUGAUUUUUUUGACGGUUACAACGAUUUCGUAGAGAGAUCCACAGACUUCAUAGACGAAUCGACAAAUUCAAUUCGUGAACGAAGACCCCCGGUGGGUUAUUUCGAUUAUGGCGAGUCCUAUGAGAGUCCGAUGAAGGGAGAUAAAUCAGCAUCAGAGAGAUACGAAUUAUUCACCGAAAAAUUUGGCAAUGGUAAUGCUUUACUUGUUCAGAAUCAAUCAGACAUUGUUGGACGCACAGUGGAUUCACCAGAUGCUGGUAAAUACGCGACACAAACGAUAGAUUCGAAACCACGAUUGGAAAAGGACAAACACGUUGAGAAAGGUGUUGUUAAUAGAGCUAUGAUGGUGGCAAGAAGUAUUGGACUUCACAGUGGAUCAAAAUUAUCAUCGAACAGUCCUAGAAGCAGUAGAAAACAAAAUAUAUUGUUGGCAAAAAGGCGAAAUGUGUCGGUUAAAGAUAUUGGAGCUGGUGAACUGGAGGGUUGGUUAACAUAUCGAAGCAGAGGUGCAGGUGGAGCUUGGGCAAGAUCGUGGUUUGUACUGAAAGGAUCAUCUCUCUACAGAUUUGAAAAUCCUGAAAGUAUUAAAUCAGAUUGUUUAAUUGUUCUCCCGGGUUUCACAGCUUCUCAAGCACCAGAAGUUAAAUCACGAAAAUUUGCAUUCAAAGUUUAUCACACUGGUACAGUAUUUUAUUUUGCUGCUGAUGCAGAUGAUUCAUUAACACUUUGGCUGGAUUCUAUCAAUAAAGCAACACUGGGAGCUGAUUGUUCGAAUAGAACUAGUGGAUUGUUCAGUGAAACCGAUGACAGUGACAGUGAAACCAAAGGGAAACCCAAAAAUACUGGAUCGGAAACGAAAAAUGGCGCUGAUAAAACAUCGUCUUUUGGAUCUUUAAAGAAAAUUGGGAGGAAAAAUUCAGGUGCUAAGGAUCAUGAUAUUGGUGGUGCUAGUUUGGAUCGAAAAUAUCUCAGAUUUUUAGGCGCACGUACACAUGAUAUUCCUGUACCAACUGCACAAUUCCGAAGCUACAGACGAGUUUUACCUAUGUCAACGCCCAGUCAAAAAUCCGAGUCAACAUUGACAUCUCCGGAUUUACGAAUCAUCGUCGCUGGGAGUACGUUCUAUGCAUUGACGUCAUCGCACAGUUCAACGGAUGUACCAUCGACUAGUCGAGAUAUGGGGGAUUAUCGCCAGACUACUGACAGAUCUCAAUCAACUCAUUGUCGCCGUCCAGACGAUUUACGUGGCUUCGUAACACUCGAAGAAUUUAUGCUCUCUCAUCAACAAUGUGCCCAUCAACACCCAGCGAGCAAUUCAUCCUCAUCGCCACGAAGAACACCUGUAGCAAAUGAACACAUUCAACUUCCAUAUCGCCAUUACGACGACAACAACAUAGUUAAUACGGAUAUUGCGACCAAUGGAAUGAUCUAUGGUCAUCCACGAAAUGGUGAAGAGCCAUCACCAUUCAGCAGAGGGCAUUACAGUUAUGCCAGAAAUUCAGGUGAAUCAUCAAGAUCGACCAAAGUUGAGCUAAUGAAUAACCAAAAAUUUCAAUCAACAAGUAAGCGACCCUCUCCAGUACCAAAAGAAUCGUGCGAUCGAAAUUGUGUUUAUGGAAAAAGACCACAAGAAUCGAGUCUCCAUGGUCCCCUCAGAUCGGAUACUCUACAUUGGCAGAAUGUCUGUAAUGAGAUGAAACGUAUCAAUUCACCAGUUGAUACUAGAUCAGUCCAUAAUUCUCCAAACCUUAUUUCGAAUCCAGGAACAAUUGAUUCGAGGGGAGAAACAAUUCAGGUGAUGGACUUGAGAGAUGGUAGAACUCGUGAAUUUCAUAGAGACGAUGCCCUUCAAUCUGUCUCACGAAAAUCUGUACGUGAAAAUGGUUACUCAGGGUCCAGUGGUGAUUUGACCUGUUGUACGGCGUCAAGUACCCUCCAGAGAGCUCGAACUGAGGCUUCAGUGAGCAGAAAGGGCAGUUUCAAUCUUAAUGAUCGAUGCAGAGAGGAUAAAAGUUGGAUGGACUCGUUGAGACGUUCUGAUAAAAAAAUGAGUGCUGGACAGAAGGCAAAAUUAAAAAGUGUUGCUCAGUAUCAACCACCGCCUAUUCAUUCGUCACCUUUUGAACAGGAUGGAAUGAGGGCUGCGUUUGAAAUGCAUUUGGAUAAGGAGCAUGGACAAAAGACAAAUAGAUUGAAGAAUUUUUUCGGCGUUAAGAGUCCACAGAAACCUAAUAAUUUGGAUCUGCCUAAGGAACAACAGAAGACACUUUUGGGCUCACCUAGACUUCACAGGGCGUUGUUCAAAGACAAAAGCUCGAGUCAGAAGAGAUCUGGAAGUCAGAGCCCUGGAGACAGUGGUAUUAGCCAAUCAUUUAGUUCUUACAGUGGAAUGAGUCAGUCUCAUACUUUGAGUCAGAGUUUUAGUUCGAUGAGUUCUACUAGUGAUUGGAGUCCAGAAACUCCACCGAUGAAUGGUGAUAAGAGUAAUGUUGUACAGGGUAAUAGGAGAAUCAAUGCAAGACAUCCGAUGUAUCCACCGACACUUCCUUAUAUACCACCACCUAGUUCUCCACCGCCUGAUGAUUAUCCUGGGUUGGAGUAUCCACCGGUAUUUGAACCUGGAACUUAUUCACUGUCAGAUACGUCAUUGCUCAGAGAAAGAGGUAGGAAGGAUCGAGAUGAGAGUGGAUAGGGCUUCGAGGGGGUUAGGGCUUUGCAGUGGGAUCAUUGCAGGAAUUUCAGUCCAUUUUAUAAUGUCAAGGUUGGAAACUGAGCUCAUCAAUUUUUUAAUAACAUUAGUUGAUUAUUAGAGUUAUCGUCGAUCGAGUACGAAAGACAAUGACUAGUUGAGCAAUGGGUAAUCGGAGUAGGAUCAUUUUUUUAUUAUUAAUUCAAUCGAUGAUUAAUGGAGGAGCGAGAAUUACCCUGAACAUUUGGAUAAUUUUCGAUCCCAAGGGUUCACAUUUUUUAAAUGUAUUUUAUGUCAUAGAGGACUAGAUGAAACAACGUGAUUACAGUCAAUUUUAGCUGCAAAAGGUGCCAGAUGUCACGUAAAAAGCUUGAAAUCUGGAAGAAUGUGUCAAGAAAAGAAGCUAACGGAUUGUUUAACACAUUUUUAAAUAGAAUAUGCAAUUUUGUAAAGCGAAAAUUAGUAUUUAGGAUCAUUUCAAAUAAUUUUUGAAAAUGUAUUUCGAUAAAAUGAGUAUGAGCAUGAGGUAGAGAGCUAAUUUACAAUUAGUAAUUGAAAAAAACCGUCCACUCAGUGCCUCUACUGAUAUUAGUAGUUGACGAAUGUCUAUUGUUAAUUAACUUUCGGUCAACACUUCGCUAUUGAAGUUGGUUAUUAAAAAUUAUAGAUAAAUUGUUGAUAGUUAUAAUUGAAAAAUUUUUUUAAAUCAGUGACUCUGAAUUUUGGCUCUUCCUUUUCAAGCAAACAAUCGAGUAUUACAGAAACAAUUGUACCAUAAUACAAACAUGUCUUCUGUCUAUUUGAAUUUACAGAAAACAACAAUUAUUUUGUGUUUCAACACAAAUUAAUUUUAUUGACUUUCUGAUAUACUUCAAAUAUUCUUCCUUUCAGCUCACAGAUAAUUGUGUAACUAAAAAUGUUUUUAACAUUAUAUGACUACUAUGAAAUGAUAAAUAUGUCGAUAAAAAAUAACAACGACUUUAGGAUAGGAAACAGUAUUUCACACGCAUGUGAUAAUCCGUUCAUGCUAAAGUGCCUAUGAUAGUUUUUUUCAAAUUAUACAUAUCCUGUAUUUAUAUGUUAAUUGAAAUUUUUGAACUCACGUUUUACAUAGUUAUUCAAUAAUCGAGCGACUUUAAACUGUAAGAAUAUUUUUUUUUAUAUUCAUGUAUAUACAAUGUUCAUUGAUGUAGUUGAAUAAAUGACGAGGUCUUCGGUA